UGUGUGUGUGUGUGUGUGUGUGUGUGUGCGUGUAAGCGUGUGUGUCUUCGGAUCUUACCCUGACACACACACACUCUCGCAUUCGCUGUGCGGCUGACUGCAGCGGAGGAGCUCCGGCACCAGAAAUCCGGUCGGAGAGGAUUCCUUCCAUUUUUACACGCAACUUUUUCCUCCACCUCGCUCGCUCCUCUUUCGUGGACCCCCAGCCGCCGUCCUCUGGAAUCGGACCGGCGAACCGAGAAGCGUCAAGCUCGCCUGGAACCGGACCUCCUAAAAUCGAGGCGGCUUGUUGUCAUUCGGCGGACGGCAGUGGUAACAACCAGUUUGUGGGUUUCCUGGUCUGGACCAGAGGACCACCAUCAGGGUGGCCCCCCGAGCGUCGUAGUCUCCGUCGGGACUCAUGCCGAACUGAGCAUGUGCAGACCAACAGGUGCCAGUAAGCAUUGAAGCCACAAAAGAUCUACAAGCACAUCAAACAAAUCAACCUUCAAAUGAAAUAAAGUAAAAAAAAAAGACAACAUGGGAAAAGGAAACAUCUGACCUUUUCUAUCUCCAAGCAGAGUCUUUCAGCAAUGGCAGGCGUCAGAUGUUUGGUUAGCAUGGCUGGUAGAUUUAGGACUUGGUAAACCUCUAGGAGUCGUCCUCCCAUCUCCCGUCUGCUGCCCCUUCACGCUUCUCCCCAAUGGAAGCUCGCAAGUCGGCUGCUGAUGAGCAGAAAUGCCCAAGAAAGGACAUGGUCACAGAGAAGACCCCUCUGCAAAGAAAAUGGGCAUCUGAGCCUUCUGCGACUGCCAAACAAAGCACUUUUGCUGAUCCUGGGGCACAACACUGCGAGAGUUUGCCGUGCGGCGCCAACACAGUAUCAGCUCCCCAACACAAGUACUCAAUCACAGGGAAUUCUGGGACAGUGCAAUCUGGACCCUCUGCCAUUAGUGCAGUCGGAGGCCAACUAUCUCAAGAUCGCCAAGGGUCCUUUGCACAGGGCUUUCCAGGGGGCUACUCCUACCAGCUGGGCCAGCCUUACCCUCAACAUCCCCAGACUGAGCGCUUUCUCUCGGGAGCCAAACCUCAACCAGGACUAGAGCCACACGCUUGGCCCUUUGUGGGUCAGCUGCCUUCAGAUGAUAUGUACCCCAUAGGACACCCAGGACACACUCAAUCUCAUGGAGCUGGGGCAAGGGCAGAGAGGUUCCCCCGGCAAAAAUCUCCCAGUUUACCUAGCUCUUUCAGAACAUACUUACAGUCAGGAUCGGCGCCAGGAGAAGAGGUCUACGGAAAAAAAGAGCUGAAGGCCAAAAAACCCGGAAAGUAUAUUUGUUACUACUGUGGCCGUGCCUGCGCCAAACCUAGCGUCCUGAAGAAGCACAUCCGCUCCCACACGGGCGAAAGGCCGUACCCUUGUGUUCCCUGUGGCUUUUCUUUCAAAACCAAGAGCAACCUUUACAAACACCGCAAGUCCCACGCUCACGCCAUCAAAGCCGGACUUGUUCCCUUUUCAGACCUUGUCAUGUCCCGCAGCAGGGAUAUGGAUCAGGCAUCGCCAGUGGGUGAGCCGGAGGUCCACUCUGAUGGAGAACAGAGCACCGACACAGACGAAGAAGUUGUGGAAGGGUCCACCAUGCUGAUGGACAAAGACGGAUCCACCACACAGAUCUGCUUUGAAGUUGACAAGACUACAGGUGGUGCAGAGCCAGCCUAUGCAGACUCAGCUGAAGAUCAGUUUGUGGGCUCCAUUAAAGUGCCUAUCCUUAUUGUUCCCAAGUCUGGAGGCGUCCCGUCCACAGGGAUGGAGUGCCUGCCUUUCCAGGACAUUAAAGGUUCCCAUGCCAUGAUGACGUCUCUGGCUGGGAGAAGAGGACGUUCACUGGACGAUUCCCACUCAGUCAAGCCAAGUUUGGCCCUUAGACUGCAUGACAAAAAAGGCCAGGAUUCUGACUCUGCUGCCUCCCAGUCAUUGAACCUCCUCAGUCCUCACAGCAAAGGCAGCACAGACUCAGGCUACUUUUCACGAUCUGAGAGUGCUGAGCAACAGAUCAGCCCUCCAAAUACAAACGUUAAAACAUAUGAGGAGAUUAUGUUUGGGCGGACCUGGUAUUACCGCCCCAACUCCAGAUCAAGGGAGUCUAUCAAUGUGACAAUGGCUGGGGCAGACGUUAGAAGCCUGGCUAGCCUCAAACAACCAGGUGUAGUUCUGGACUUGGGAAAGAUCUCUGAGGAUCAUAUCUGUUUGAGGGGGGACAUCGGGAUGUCUGGAGAUUCUAAACAUUAUCCUACUGGCCCGAGUCAGAGCAGUACAGGACUUCUAGAGCCUCCAUCAGAUUCCGGGCACCUAAUCAGGAGCAACUCCAUGCCGACAUCAUCUCCUCCAAACCUCAGCCUUCCUCCAGGAAUACGAGGCAGCCAUUCCUUUGAUGAGAUGAUGACAUCGGAUGAUGUGUUUUACCCACCUGGACUGCGUCGACUCCGAAGACAGGCUGCAAUUGAACUUUCAGCCCACGAAGCACACAUAGGAGAUGCUGAGGGCUGUGGACACAUGCCCAAGAACUUCACUUCAUCCCUCGCUAAAAAGAUCAAUGAGCGCAGUCCUGCAGUCCCAGAACAUUAUGCCUAUACUGCGUAUGGCACUAAAGUAAGCAUGUCUGAUAUAGCCACCAGAAAGAGGAGGAAAGAGACGAGUGUUGGGGAUGAAGAAGACAGUCCUGGUCACUGUGACAGUAGUUGCAGUGGCUCAGUCGAGAUAUCCGGAGACUACAGCAGUUUUGACGGCUCCAGAGCCACCCCAACAGGGAAGGGCUCUCUUCACAGUGCUCAUAGCCAGUCAGACAGCUUUGAUACCUGUGCUAGCAUGUGCUCAGAGGACAUAGCUUUAUUCACUGACGCUGAAUGCAGGAAGGCAGCUGGAAACGUCAUAUCAGUCAUCCAGCACACCAACUCUGUCAGUCGGCCAAAUUCCUUUGAGAAGUCAGAGUCCUUCGAGCAGUCAGGAUAUCAUCCCUCAGCCCCAUCUAGCCAGUAUUCUGAACAGUCUGACUCUGACAUUUUUGAAGAUGCUUUGAGUCCAGAGUCGGCCCUGCUGAGGACAGAGAGCAUGGAUCAGCAGCCGCAGAGUGACAGUGACUUGGCUUCCUUCUCGUCUUCAUCAGCAGCAGCUUCACCCAGGCAGCCUUAUCACAUCCCGCACAAACUUGUCCGUCAACCCAACAUCCAAGUUCCCGAGAUCAGGGUGACGGACGAGAAAGAUGCAGAAGCUUCGAUGGCCAGGGAUCAGCAGAAGCAUCAGCCCCACGUAGAAGAAUUCCAGCUGCCACAAAGGAGCGACACUCUGGCACAAAUGCCUUCAGAAAAGCUGCCGCCAAAGAAGAAGAGAUUGCGUCUUGCUGACAUAGACCACUCGUCUGGGGAAUCCAGCUUUGAGUCCACUUGUACCAGCCUGUCUCGCAGUCCAAGUCAGGAGAGCAAUUUGUCCCACUCCUCUUCCUUCUCUAUAUCUUUUGACAGGGACGAAGGUCUCAAGUCGGUGUCACCCACCAAACAGACCCAGGAGGACUGUGCCUCGGUGGGGGGAGGUAAACCAUCUGAGUUCCUGACAGUGCCCGGCAGUGGUCAUUCCAUCCAACAACAACAGAGGGAGAUGCGCAGGUCCUCGUCGGAACAGACGCCAUACUCUCUUCCUUCGGACUUGCCAGAAAUGCGCAGCAAGUCCUUCGAUUAUGGAAGCUUGUCACCCUCCAGACAGGGAGAGCUCUACACCAGUGGCUCCGGCUUAAAGGAACGCCGCCGUGGCUAUCUUGUCCGACAGGCUUCACUGAGCGUAUAUCCAGAGGCAGUCACCCAGGAACAGGCAGUAUCUGAGCUGUCAAUAAAACAGGAGAGCGUUGAGCAAAGGGUGUGGCCUUCCCUGAUAGGGCCAGCACAUAGCAUCAGCGACGCAGCUGGUAGAACCAAGAGAGUUGGCAACUCUGUUGGUGGAGUUCAUCAGCAGCAUGUCCUCCAACAGAGCAUCAGUGAAGACAGUCUGCAAGACGAGCCUCACUAUCCCAGCUCCCAGCAACAUCACCACCUGGUUCAGGGAUCCUCAUCUGAAGGAGAACAUCCAGUCCAUGCGAUCAUUAAUAAGGAAGUCAUCCAACAGAAGUUUAUCUCUUGCCAGCAGUCUGCUGUGUUCCAUAAUAAGGAGGCCAGUCAGACAUCAAGACAGCAGCUAACUCUGCAAGCAUCCAACAUCCAAUCGCCGAGCGGCCUGCCUGGACACGGAACACUUCACAAACCUACCCAAGAUCAGCUGCCCCAUGAUAGACAAUCAGAACCUUCUUCCUUAUUCCAUCAGCAAGACCUGGUCUCUUAUUCAUUCAAAUACUCCCUCCCCAACUCCAACACCACCUCUAUGCCGCUACAGCAGAUCCAACCCAUCUUUGCCACCCAGAACCCAGCCCCCAACGCCUCUCUGCCUGGUCUGGUUGUUCCUGUGCGGAUACAAACCGACGUGCCAUCCUUUGGUAGUGUUAUGUAUACCAGUGUUAGCCAGCUUAUAGUGCACAGUCAGAUGCCAGGCUUAGUUGGACAGAGCAGCAUCAGUGACAUGUCCCUUCAAGGUGGUGCUGUGACUGUCAGCCAAUCACCUGAAAGGCUCGGACGAGGUCCAUGCAGAGCAGGUUUCCACCUAUCACACUUCCUGGGUCAGACAGAUGGAAUUGUGCUGCGCUCUCCACAAUGGAGGUUUCCGGAUUCUGGUCCAAACACAGGAAUUCCUCUGUCGCAAACAUCAGGUACCAUAUCCACCACGGACCCCUCAGGGUGCAGCAUGGGAGGCAGCAAGAGGAUGCUUUCUCGUGCCAGCUCUUUGGAGAUCUUCUUUGUGACCAAGCAGCAGAAAAGGGUAAAGGAAGAGAGGAUGUUUGGGCAGAUGGUGAAGGAGAUGAGCGCCGUCGAGCUGAGUGGAACCAACGGCAGCAACAAGCCAGAGAAGAGUGAAGAUGACUGUGAGAGGAUGUCUUCUUCUCCUCCGCUGGGCAAUUUCCCAGCUUCCAACACAAUUGCCAUUCCGGUCCGUUCUUCUGCACCCCACCAGCCUGACAUGCCCUGCCCAGAGAGUUUUACCCCUCCUCUCCAGAUUGUCACUGACUUUUCUCCUGCUUCAUGCGAUCAAGACUCUCCUGAAGAGCUUGAUGUGGACGAGUCUAACAUCAGCCCCCAAUCCAUGAUCUCCUCCAAUGGAGAAGAUGCUGACACCUGCAAGCAGCCCACAGCCAGUGAAGUCCCAACAAGCAGCCAAAGGCCAGAAACAUCUAGAGGGGCGGGCCAGGCAUUGCUGCUUACUGACAUGGCCAAUGUCCAGCAGUUUUUUCAGUUUCCAAGUCUGCGCACCAUCAGCCGGGUUAGCUGGUGCUUCCUGAACUACACCAAGCCCAACAGCAGGGAAGCUGCCUUGGGAAGUUCCAGCUACAGCUCAUGGUGUGUGAGCUCCUAUAACCCGAACCCUCUCAACUUGAGCACCAAGGCUGCACUGGCCAUGCUGAGGUCCAAACAGAGGACGAAUACCCACCACCUGUACACCACGGCCGCCAUGGCACCGCCCAGCUCAGGGAAGCUUGUGUCCUCUGUUGCAUGGAAGCUGCGGUUUGAUCAGCUGAAGCCAGAACUGAUGCCAGUUGAUGUCAGAAAUUUUGGAAGGAAGAUGAAGGGCUUGGCCUCAUGGGAGCGGUCCAAGGAGGAGCAUGUGGACAAGGACGUCUCCAUCAAGCCAACCUCCACCGAACCAACACGCAUCAAGAUCUUCGAAGGCGGGUACAAGUCCAACGAGGACUACAUUUACGUGCGUGGGCGGGGUCGGGGGAAAUACAUCUGCGAGGAAUGUGGCAUCCGCUGCAAGAAGCCCAGCAUGCUGAAGAAGCACAUAAGAACGCACACCGACGUGCGGCCCUACAUAUGCAAGUUCUGCAAUUUUGCCUUCAAGACCAAAGGAAACCUGACCAAGCACAUGAAAUCCAAAGCUCAUCUGAAGAAGUGUCUGGAGUUAGGCAUGUCCAUGUCCUCUAUGGAGGAGGUGGAGGCAGAGGACGCAGAUGCGGGCGAGGAAGGUCGGAGCUCGUCGGACAAGAUGGCAGUGCACCAGUUCUCCGAUGCAGACGACUCUGAGGGCGGCGAGGACGACGGGGAUGACGAUGAAGACGAUGAGGACGACGAUUAUGACGGUGACACCACCCCCAAGACGUGCUCGCGCUCCACCAGCCCGCAGCCUUACGCCCUGCCCUCCUUGUCAAUCUCAGUCAUGGCCGACUCCGACCUGUCGCUGCCCCUCCCUCAGCAUUCCAACCUCCUGGUCCACAAGCCACCGCUGUUCGGCUACUUUACCACCGUGCCGAGCAUCCGCAUCACAUCACAGGCUCCGCCCAGCGAGCUAGCUGACAGUGGGUGGAUUCAAGAGGAGCACCGGCGAGGGAUGCUGGGGAGCGGGCCUUCCUCCUCCAUGGAUGAAGAGGGGGAUGCCUCACCAUCCUCUCGUCUGUCCUCGCCCGGGCUGGAUUACUCCAGGUGCCCAUCACCCAUCUCGCCCGCCUCUUCUCCCUCGCCUCGCCAGUACCUGUCACCACAUCGCGACCUCGAACCACGGACAGGACGCCUGUCUCCUCGGCAAGACGUCUCCCCUCUGCGUCAUGUCUCCCCCAAGAGAGACAUGGGGAGAUAUAGACGUGAGCUAUCCCCCAGGAGAGGACAUCUGUCACUUCUCUCACCUCUCCCUCGCCCCACCUCCCCUGGCAGUAGGGCCUACAAGCGCGAGCUGUCUCCGCGAGGACGCCACAAGGGGAUAAUGGGGUCGCAUUCUCCUCGACGGGGUUUGCACCAGCACCUCCACCACCAAAGCCAGCAUAGUGCAGCACGAAGCUUGAAGUCAGCUCAACUCGCCGGGUUGCUGUGUCAGACGGAACUCGGCCCUCAAGGACGCCACCAGGCUACAGACAUAGACAGAGAGUCAAGUCCAGGUUCACAAGAGGGUGGUAACCAGUCCAGUCCACCCCAUCAAGUCUUGUUCAGUCACCUUCCUCUCCAUUCUCAACUACAGGUGCGUUCACCGUUCCCACUGAUUCCCAUCGGAGGUAUCCAGAUGGUCCACACCAUGCCAACGUCCGUCAGCACUCCUCAGGGCCAGCAGGGGCAGCAGCAGGCCACAUCCUGCUUCCCGCUCCAUGAGGAAAGAACGACAGAAGAGCUCCAAAGCAGCAAGGCCUCUUGCCCUCCUUUCACCUCCUCUGCUGAGGGAGGAGGACCAGGAGGUGUGAAGUCAUCUGGGGCACCUUCUCCCGCCUUGCAGGGGUUAUGGGUUAUGGGUAGAGAGCAGGAAGCAAGCGUCCACACGUGCACUAAAGCCAUCGCCUCGCUUCGCAUCGACCCUGAGGAGCACACUGAGAGGCUGAGAGGCAGCGAGGAGGACCGCCCCUCAUCGUCCUCGUCCGCCACCUCGGGACAACAUCAGUACUUGCCACCCACCUCAGCGUCCCCGCUCUCUCCUCUGGUUCAGCACUUUAGCUGCCUCGGGCCUCCGCACGCCUCAGGUACCGCCUCCCCGCUUUGCCCCUCCCCUGGUCCAGCGUCAGAAAGCACAGCGAGAAGCAAAGACGUGUCGUAGACGUGCAACACAAAGCAAACACAACUUUUGCACAAGUUAACACACAGUGUUUUAUUUAAAGACUUUGAAGAGAUUGUGUGUGUGCAGUCAAAAAGGGUACUUUAAAAACAACAUUAAUAAUAAGUAUGUAAAUGUGUGCCUUUUGCUUUGUGCUUAUAUUCUUAUAAGCCAUCAACUAGCCCUGCUCCUUCCCUCUUUUUCUCAACAAGCGAUGUGAAGUGAAGAAUAUAAAUAUUACGUACGGUUGCACUAAAUCAUAUUUUUUUAUGAGGGACAUUGAAAAACUAAUUAUACAACAAACAAAUAAUACUAUUUAUUAUUGUUACCAUGUUUCAUAAACUGUACAUUUCUUAAAUGUCGUGGAUGCCUUUUUCUAUUUAGAAGCAUGUUUUUUGCUAUUAGGUCGAUGAUAUGUACACACAAUAUUGCUUCAUAUUUCGUCAAUGUACACGUAAUAUAUCAACAUGAUCCAUACAUUACAGUACUUUCACUUUUCUUCUUGCUUUUCAAGAUUAUUUUAUUCAGCAUUAAAUGGUCAGCAUGCCUUCAAUCAUUGUAGUUAACCCCGCCCCUCCCUGUUAUAUACACCCUAUAAGCACCGUCCCACCCAGCACCUUCCGCCAUUGAGGGGUCACUAACCUUACUCAUUACUCUUCAUCAAAACAUUCCACAUCAUCACCCAGCGACAUAGCAUGGCUGUCGCCGAGAUACACAUCCAUCCACACUCCUCUUUAAAAAAAUACUUUGACUCUUGAAACUUCUAGCAUUUGUCAAAUUACUUUCUUCUUACGUGAACAAUUACAUGUUCAUAUUUUCACAUUUCUCACUUAGAUAUUACGUGAACAACUACACGUUCAUAUUUUCACAUUUCUCUCUGGAAUACAAGAAAAAAAAUGACAUGUGGACCUAUGGUGUACAUACAUAAAUAAAUGGGAAUACACGAUACAUACAUUAUUUAUACAUAAAUACAUACAAUUAAUACAUAUAUUAAUACAUCCAUAAUAUGACUGGCUUGUUUUGUAGUAGCCAGUCUUUGAAUGUUGCUAAUAUUCAGUUGUAUGAAUAUUUGAAAUGUCACAUGAUGAUUGAAGAGUGGACAUUGUUGUCCUCGCCUGCUGAGCAUUCCCCUUGUAGCUAAACAAUAUUUAGUCGCCAGCAGGGGGCGUACUUGUCUCAACACAAUCAAGAGCAGGAAGAGGAAGGAGUCAUGUGACGUAUUGUGGGCGGAGCCGGGCAGGCUGCAAUGUGACUUAUUUGUACUAGUGUGUAUUACGUGUGUGUUCCGCUUGUAUAUCAACUUUCUUGUUUUUCUUAUGAGUCUAGCGCCUUCUGGUGUGUGACGUCAAAGCACAAGUCAACGUAGUAAAUAUUAGCAUUAGCAUUGUACAGCUAUGACCAGGAGCAAAGUGUGGUGAUGUGGAGGUAAACAAUAACACACAACUACCAUGUAUGAUGACCCGAAGAGGAAUGACAGUGCAAACGUGGAUUGUUGUUUUCAAAUAAAUAUAAACAAUGAAAAUCUGUUUGUGCCACCGGACUUUGACGUUUAACCCAUCAUCAUGCUGUGUAUUUUAUUUGUCUUGCCA